AUGGGCGAGGUUCCCAAAGUGGAACGCCUGCUGCGAGAGCGAGAUGAGCUUCAGCAUGAAGACCAACAUCUCCAGCGGGCUGCUGGUCUACUUCGACGACGAGGGCUUCUGCGACUUCCUGGAGCUGCUGAUCGUGGACGGGUGCCUUCAGCUUCGCUUUUCGAUCUUCUGCGCCGAGCCCGCCGUCCUCCUCUCCAGCGUUCAAGUGAACGACAGCAACUUGCACGCGGUCCACAUCGUCAGGGACUUCAAGGAGACGACGCUCAUCGUGGACAAGGUGGUCGAAACGGUCGAGGUCAAGUCGAAGAGGCGAGACAUGACGGUCUUCAGCAACUUGUACGUGGGAGGAAUCCCACCGGAGUUGCACUCGUCGGUGCUCUCGCUGACGUCGAGUUCGGUCGGGACUCGAGAGCCUUUCCGAGGAUUGAUAACUGACCUCAAGGUUGCAGAUGUGACUGCAGCGCUCAUUGACAGUCACGGAGUCAAGAUCGACGCCAACUAUCUUUGCUCAAAUCACAGUAGAUGCCUGAACGGCGGAACCUGCUCUGUGCUCGACGAGAAAGCAAUUUGUGAUUGUUCUCACACAGGCUUUCAAGGGGAAGACUGCAGCGAAGGUCUUGCACACCUGAUGAUGGGCGACCAAGGAGUUAUCUCUAGCAACAUCUACAGGACUGUGCGAGAAGAGUACGUGGCGACUUUUAAAGGAUCUGAAUACUUCUGCUAUGACCUGUCGCAGAAUCCAAUCCAGAGCAGCAGCGACGAAAUAACAUUAUCGUUCAAAACCCUUCAGAGGAACGGCCUGAUGCUUCAUACAGGGAAAUCCGCCGAUUAUGUAAAUCUGGCUUUGAAAGACGGUGCUGUCUCACUGGUCAUUAAUUUGGGGUCAGGAGCCUUUGAAGCUUUGGUGGAGCCUGUGAAUGGAAAGUUUAAUGACAAUGCCUGGCAUGAUGUGAAAGUAACAAGGAACCUUCGUCAGGUGACAAUAUCCGUAGACGGGAUACUGACCACUACGGGCUACACACAGGAAGAUUACACCAUGCUAGGCUCUGAUGACUUUUUCUAUGUUGGAGGCAGUCCUAGUACUGCUGAUCUUCCAGGUUCACCAGUCAGCAAUAAUUUUAUGGGUUGCCUGAAGGAGGUGGUGUACAAGAACAACGACGUCCGUCUGGAGCUGUCGCGGCUCGCCAAGCAGGGCGACCGCAAGAUGAAGAUCCACGGGAUGGUGGCGUUCAAGUGCGAGAACGUGGCCACCUUGGAUCCCAUCACGUUCGAAACCCCGGAGUCAUACGUGGCUCUGCCGAAGUGGAACGCCAAGAAGACAGGCUCCAUCUCGUUCGAUUUUCGAACCACCGAGCCCAACGGGCUGAUCCUGUUCAGUCACGGGAAACCGCGCCACCAAAAGGACGCCAAGAACCCCCGGAUCGUCAAGGUGGACUUUUUUGCCAUCGAAAUGGUGGACGGGCACUUGUACCUCCUGCUGGACAUGGGAUCGGGCGCCAUCAAAACCAAAGCCACUCAAAGGAAAGUGAACGACGGCGACUGGUAUCACGUGGACUUCCAGAGGGACGGACGAUCAGGCAUUAUAGCCAUCAACAGUAAGCGCUCCCCAUACAUGGCCCACGGAGAGAGCGAAAUCCUCGAUUUGGACGAUGACUUGUAUCUGGGCGGACUGCCCGAGAACAAAGCAGCUCUUAUUUUCCCAACAGAAGUGUGGACGGCUCUUCUCAACUAUGGAUACGUCGGAUGUAUCAGAGACUUGUUUAUCGACGGCCAAAGCAAGGACAUAAGGAAAAUGGCAGAAAUCCAGAAUGCAGCAGGAGUCAAAUCUUCGUGCGCCAAGGAGCCUCCGAAGCAGUGCCUUAGUAAUCCGUGUCGAAACAAUGGCAUUUGCAGGGAAGGCUGGAAUAGAUACGUGUGCGACUGUUCGGGAACGGGGUUCCUUGGCCGAUCUUGUGAGAGAGAGGCAACGGUGUUGAACUACGAUGGAAGCAAGUUCAUGAAAAUCCAGCUGCCGGUUGUGAUGCACACAGAAGCCGAGGAUGUAUCAUUGCGCUUUAUGUCCCAGCGAGCGUACGGCAUCUUGAUGGCCACCACCUCCCGAGACUCAGCGGACACUCUGAGACUGGAGCUCGACACAGGGCGAGUCAAGCUCACCGUUAAUCUAGACUGUAUCAGGAUUAACUGUAAUAACAGCAAAGGUCCAGAAAUGCUCUAUGCUGGACAAAACCUGAACGAUAAUGAGUGGCACACAGUCCGUGUGGUUCGUCGAGGAAAGAGCCUGAAGCUGAUAGUGGACGAGUUUCAAGCUGUCGAAGGCCAAAUGGCCGGAGACCACACUCGUCUCGAGUUCCACAACGUUGAAACGGGCAUCGUGACCGAGAGGCGAUACAUGUCAAAUGUCCCGUCCAACUUCAUCGGCCACUUGCAGAGCCUGACGUUCAACGGCAUGCCUUACAUUGACCUGUGCAAAAACGGGGACAUCGACUACUGCGAGCUUAACGCCAGGAUCGGUGUCACCAAAAUAAUUGCUGAUCCCGUGACCUUCAAGACAAAAUCGAGCUACGUGGCGCUUUCCACGUUGCAAGCCUACACGUCCAUGCAUCUGUUCUUCCAGUUCAAGACCACGUCCGUCGACGGCCUGAUACUCUUCAACAGCGGCGAUGGCAGUGAUUUUAUUGUGAUCGAACUGGUUAAAGGAUACCUCCACUACGUGUUUGAUUUAGGGACUGGCCCGUCCCUAAUUAAAGGAAACUCUGACAAAACUCUGAAUGACAAUCAGUGGCACGACGUAUUGAUUUCAAGGGACACCAACAAUCUGCACACGGUGAGGAUCAACUCCAAAGUGAACACUCAGAAUACAAUUGGUGCCAAGAACCUGGAUCUCAAAGGAAACUUGUACAUCGGGGGAGUUGCCAAAGACAUGUAUAAAUCGUUACCGAAGCUGGUGGCGUCAAGGGAAGGAUUUCAAGGCUGUUUGGCUUCCGUAGACCUGAAUGGACGGCUCCCAGACCUCAUUUCCGAUGCCAUGCACUGCAGUGGGCAAAUUGAGCGGAAUUGCGAAGGACCCAGCACCACCUGCCAGGAAGACUCAUGCGGAAACCAAGGAGUUUGCCUGCAACAGUGGGAUGGCUUCACCUGUGACUGCAGUAUGACCUCCUACAGCGGCUCCCUGUGCAACGACCCUGGCACAACGUACAUUUUUAGCAGAGGUAGUGGACUAAUCACUUACACGUGGCCACCCAAUGACCGACCAAGCACCCGAGCAGACAGGCUGGCCGUGGGCUUUGACACGCAUGUGAAAGAUGCCGUUUUGGUGCGUGUAGACAGUUCCCCUGGGCUCGGAGACUACCUACAGCUUCACAUUGAGCAAGGGAAAAUCGGAGUUAUUUUUAAUGUUGGGACAGAUGACAUUAGCAUCGAAGAGUCGAGUGCUAUUGUAAAUGAUGGAAAGUACCACAUAGUACGGUUUACAAGGAGCGGUGGGAAUGCCACACUGCAGGUGGACAACUGGCCUGUCAUUGAACGCUAUCCAUCAGGAAGCAAUGAUAACGAACGCCUGGCGAUUGCUAGACAGCGAAUCCCAUAUCGACUUGGUCGAGUAGUUGAUGAUUGGCUACUCGACAAAGGGCGGCAGCUCACCAUCUUCAACAGCCAGGCCACCAUUAACAUUGGUGGGAAGGACAGGACUCGCCCGUUCCAGGGACAGCUGACGGGUCUGUACUACAACGGCUUGAAGGUACUGAACAUGGCAGCCGAAAGCGACCCGAACAUCCAAAUACAAGGCAGCGUGAGAUUAGUCGGUGAAGUGCCCUUAAUGACCACGGAGACCACCACCACCGCAAAGCCAGAAAUAUCGACCACCAUCAUGGAAACCACCACCACCACCAUGGCCACCACCACCACCAGGAAAGGGAGGUCGACGACCACGAGAGACGCAAUGACACAGAGCACGGAUGACCUGUUGGUCGCCUCGGCUGAAUGCCCGACCGACGACGAGGACCUCGACGAGUGUGAGCCGAGCUCAGGUGGGUUAGGGGGCAGAGGUUUCCCGGGCACGGCCGAGGUGAUUCGGGAGUCGAGCAGCACCACCGGGAUGGUGGUGGGCAUCGUGGCGGCGGCCGCCCUUUGCAUCCUCAUCCUCCUGUACGCCAUGUACAAGUACAGGAACAGGGACGAAGGCUCCUACCACGUGGACGAGAGCAGAAACUACAUCAGCAACUCCGCGCAGUCCAACGGGGCUGUGGUGAAAGAGAAGCAGGUGAACAAUGCCAAAAAUUCCAGCAAAAAUAAGAAGAACAAGGACAAGGAGUACUACGUCUGAAUCGUGCACUUGUAAAGCAAGACGGCUCGUGUUUUUAAAAAAAAAAUAGAGAGAGAGAGGGAAAAAAUACAAACAA